AUGAACUACGAUAAAUGGGUUGAGAUGGGCGAACGUAUGGGUCUCUCAGGGUCAGAGCGCAUAGAGUUUGUGGAUAGGAAAAAGAAGAAGUAUACUGAACGUGAGGAACGUAUGCUGAGACGAGAUGAGGAAAGACGGCGUUAUGAUGAUGAACAGCGUAGGUUUGAGGCUCAAGAAGCAGAGAAGAAACGGCUGUUUGAGCUUGAACAGGCUGAGAAGAAAAGGUUAUUUGAGAUUGAACGCUUGAAAGAAGAACGUGCUUUGAAACAGGAAGAACGUGUGAUGAAAGAACAGGAGUUAGAAAUCUUAAAAAUAAAAGCUGAGGCCAAAGCUUUAGGAGCUGAUAAAGGUGCUGAGCACUUGAGCAGUAAAACAUUACGGCCAAGGCUACCGAAGUUCGAAGAAACUGAUAAGUUUAUAAGUCGUAAUGACAAGACUGUCACAUGUUUCCAGGACAAAGUUUUAUAA